GCCUUUCUCAUAUCGUUUGUCGCUAUUCACAGCCUCGAGUUCGACUUUAUCGGAUGUACCUGGCCUCUACGUCUCCCGAACCCCGCCUCGGUAAAGGAUACCGCAAGAGCCGCUUGCAGCCCUGAGACACAACCGCCCUCCGUAGUCCUCUCAUGCUCAGCUUUCUUAGUGGUCGCGAGGAGGUCUCAGGCGUUCCCAGCCGAUGGACAUCUCAAGACCUACGCCCCAACCCAGACCAUCACCGUCUCGAACAGGCCUGUGUUGCGUCUACACAGGUCAUCAUCUUCGCGGAUCAGGCGGUGUUGGGGAGCUAUGAUUUGCCCAUACAGAUCUCACAUCGUGCGGUCGGUUCCACCUCUCGCGUCCUGCGACCCCGUCAAUCAGCUCCCCGAUGCAUGACCAUUUCCUGGCGCAGUCCAUCUACAGCGAUCGGCUGUGUCCAGCGCGUUACCUAUUCACGCCUGUGGUCUACGUAUCCGUCCUGGUGAAUCUUCCUACCACCAUUUUUUCUUGUGUUUUGCUCCUGUUCUCGUUUCGCUACUCUUUUUUUCUUUGACCAUGUCCUGGCACAGUCCAUCUACAGCGAUCGGCUGCUGUCCAGCGUGUUGCACUUUCAACACCUGUGGUCUAUGUGCGUGUAUUACUCGCAUCACCCGCCUUCUCAUGUCUUUAUUUCAUUUUCGUGGUUCAUUUCUUCUCGUCGUUUUUUUGUUUGCAUUCACAUUCUUUCGGAGUACUUUGUUAAUACCAUGUCCUGGCGCAGUCCAUCUACCUCGAUCGGCUGACGUCCAGCGUGUUGUCUUUCCAUCACCUGUGGUCAAUGUACCUGUACUACUCGCCUUCUCCCCC